UGUAGCAUGUAUGAAAAUGAAAAUUUGACACUAAUUUAUUGUAUCAGCAUUUGUUAAAUAUUUAUUUGGGGGAAUAAUCUCCCAUUAUUUUCAAUUAUUUAUGUUUCUUUUGUUGAAAGUGUUUGAUGAAAAGUUAUUUUAUGAUAUGCAACGGGUAGUUUAUUGACUUAUGCAAUCUUCAUGCUUAUGAAAGACUUCUUUCUACUUCUUCGGAAAAUUUUCAAUGCAUUUUUGACAUGGUUUCUGAUUUAUACCACUGAUCACGGAAAUGUUCAAGAAUAAUCUAAAUGAAGUAAUCAAUAAUCGUCUCACAGCUGGGGCUAAGACAGAAUGCUUGUGAUUUAAAUGGUCUGAAACUGCUUGUGCCACUAGCUUACAAUGAUAUCACGGUUUCAUUACAAUUUUUUAAUAGGUUUAAAGCCCUUGAAAACUUUUGUUUGUGGACUAUGCAGUGCUAAUCAAACUGUUGUUACAAAUAUUUUGAUAAAAAGAUGUUUUUCAAGAGUGAACAUUCCACCAUCAUUUUUCAAGGAGGGUGGAUAUGGGAGUAAGUACCAUCCUGCUCCAAUGAAUGAAAGAGUAGAGGAGAGAUUAAAAAACAUGUUGUUGCAUAAGGAAAUUUUAAAUGAUGCUGAAUGGUCUGAUAUUAAGAAUGAUAUUAUGACUUGUUAUGAAAUGAUUUCUGAAUGCAAUUUUAGUACUUUAGUGAUGUCAUCUUUGCUACACUUGAAUAAAAUCGAUUUAGCUCAUAAUUUUAUACAGUAUUUAAAUAGAGCUCAUGUGAGCAUCAAUUUUUUAACUUAUAUGAAAUAUAUGUCUUUGUGUAGCAAAAAUGUAGAAUCGUGUGGUGAAGAACUUAUUCUCGAAACAUUCAAGAAGGUCAAGGCUCAAGUGGAUGCUGCUCCAGUAUUGGAUUUCAAAAGGACAGAGUAUGUGGUCCAGGCUCUUUGUGCUACGAAGUAUUGGCGGGACUCAUUUGAGUAUUUGAAAAAAUUGCCUCAAAAACCUACUAUGGAUACUUAUAAUGCACUUGCAUGUGCAGCAGUCAAAAAUAAUGAUGAAAAUCUUGCAUGGGAAAUAAUAACAAAAUGGAUAAAGCCUGAUAUGCACCCUAGCAGCGAAGUGUUCAAGCAGUUUAUGCUACAUGCAUUGCAGAUACAGAAAAAUGAUUUUAGGAGGGCAGAUGUUUUUGUUUUAAAAAUAUUCAAUUACAUUCAAAGUAGAGGAACAGUUAUUGAUGAAGAUGUUGCAAAUGUUAUUGCAUCCUACUUUAAAAGGCACUCAACAAAAUGGAAUGUUUCUGUUGCCAAGAUUGAAAAGAAUGGAGACUGUAGUAAGUGCAAAAAAGCUUUAACGCUAUUGGGUCUUACUGAUGAAGAAUUCACCCGGUUGAGAUUGGCUUUUUUAGAAAGAUCUGUGAGAAAAGGUGAUUUGUUCAUUAACACAACUGAAAAAGAAUUUAAUAACUUCAUAAGAUUUAUUGAAGGGAGAAAACCAUUUGAUGUAAUUGUUGAUGGACUUAAUGCAGCUUAUAUGUCUUCGGAAAAAAAAAACCAUUACAGUUUAGCAUCUCAGCUUUUGAAAGUAGUGAAAAAACUUGCUGAAGAUAACAGGAAAAUUUUAAUUUUGGGCCGAUAUCAAAUGAAUAGAUGGCCCAAAUCAAUAUUGCGAGAAAUUAUGCUAUAUGCUCGUGUUUUCCUUACUCAGAACAUAUCUCAGGAUGAUCCCUUUGUUGUGUAUGCUGCCCUAUCUAGUGGGCCGAAGACGCGUUUUGUUUCUUCAGACUUGAUGAGGGAUCACAUUUCUCGCUUGGACGAUCCACUUUUGAUAAAUUUAUUUAAAAAUUGGCAACAGUCACAUCAAAUUUUCCUUUUGCCAGAUGAUAAUGGAGUUAUAAAAUUUAUUGAGCCAUUGAAGCAUAGCAUUACUCUACAAGGAGCUAUGGAUCAUGGCUGGCAUAUCCCUUUUGAUGAUAAAAUAAUCUUGGAUCCUUACGAGCAUUUGAAUAAUUGGUUAUGUAUUCAGAGAUGAAAACUGUAGAAUAUAGUACAAAAUAAAUUUUGCUCUGUACAUCAGUGUAUCUAAAAAAUACAUUAAUUUUUAAAAAUAUGUGGAAAUAAAUCAA